CAAAAAAUUUUGGAACGUUCUAGAAAGUUCCAAAAAAUUCUAGAAUGUUGCUUAAAAUUUCUAAAAGUUGCUAAAAAAGAUUGAAUACUCCUUGGAAAAAAUCUGGAUUGUUUCAAAAAAUUCAAGAACGUUCCAAAAAAAUUCUAAUAUAUUCUAGAAUUUUCCUAAAAACUCUCAGAACUCCUUGAAACAGAUCAAAAACAUAUUGGAAAAAAAUUAUAAUGUUCCAAAAAAUUUUGGAACGUUCUAGAAAGUUCCAAAAAAUUCUAGAAUGUUGCUUGAAAUUUCUAAAAGUUGCUAAAAAAGAUUGAACACUCAUUGGAAAAAAUCUGGAUUGCACCUGUCAAAGUCAUCUGUCAAUGCCAUCUACUCGAUCAAGCCUACUUCAACCUACCCCCCCAACUGUUCCAAGUUUCUUGGCCACAAUGACUCAUUUUUCUUAAAAAAAAAAAAAAGAAGCAUCUAUGAUGACGUCAUCAUUGUUUGAAUCUUGAAAUAAAAUCGAGGAUAAUGUAAAACUGAACGAGGCUACUAGCGACAUCUAUUAAAUAAUAGCCAAAGUUAUUAGUUAUUUCAAACAUCUUAAAAAUGUCGGAAUUAUUACAGGAAUCUGUAAUUAUUAAAUAUGAGGGUUUUUUGCGUAGCGCCAUCUAUCAAACAACAUUUGAACUAUUUAAAGUUUUAAAACUCUUUUUUUUUUGGAAAAUUGUCCAAAUGAAGCGCCAUCUAACAAACAACACAUAAAACCGAUUGUAAAUAUGAAGAAAUCUGUAAAAUAUUGAUUUUUUUAUUUUGCGACAAACAAAUGAUGACGUCACUAUAGAUGCUUCCGUUUCAAGCAAUUCCAUCGAAAUUCGAAUAUUACAGAAAUCUGUAAAAGGUUCUAGACUGUGCGGUACCAUCAAAACCCAUCGCAAUAAAGGUUAAGGAGUACCGGUACCGUUACCUUGAAACACGUAAACAAAAAAAUGAAGCGCUCCAAAGGCUACCAAGACAUCGACAACCAUGAAACCCCAGUACCGCAGGAAAUCGAAAUGGCAUCAGUUUCGGUGGUACCAGACGACACCUUUACAGUUACCCAAGCGGUCAAUGCAUUGGGGUUCGGGUGGUUCCAAGUGAAACUGUCCUUGUGGACGGGCCUGUGCUGGAUGGCGGACAGCAUGGAAAUGACAAUUCUGUCAAUUUUGUCGCCCGCUUUGCAUUGCACCUGGUACUUGACUCGGUACCAACAAGCCUUGACUACUACUGUAGUGUUUCUAGGGAUGAUGCUUUCUAGUACUUUUUGGGGCAAUUUAAGCGAUCGUUAUGGAAGAAAACACGCCUUAACCUUAUGCGCGGUACUACUUUUUUACUAUGGCCUCUUAAGCUCAAUUGCGCCUAGCUUCAUGUGGAUGUUACUAUUAAGAGGCCUUGUAGGGUUCGCUAUUGGUUGCACCCCUCAAAGUGUGACGUUGUAUGCGGAAUUUUUACCGACAAAACAACGUGCCAAAUGCGUCGUUUUACUUGAUUGUUUUUGGGCUUUAGGCGCAUGCUUUGAAGUUGCGCUUGCGCUUAUUGUGAUGCCUACUUUAGGCUGGCAAUGGUUGCUGGCCUUAUCUACCGGUCCUCUUAUGGCGUUUGCCUUGAUUUGUCCCUGGCUUCCAGAAUCGGCUCGCUAUCACGUGGCCAGCGGUCAAACGGACAAAGCUCUGGAAACUCUGGAAAAAAUCGCCAAGGAUAAUGGCAAGCCGAUGCUGCUUGGUCGUUUGGUUGUUGAUGAUGCGACGUUGUCUUCGCCUCAUCGAGGUCGUUUCCGCGACCUCUUGGUACCUUCUUUGAGGUUGACUUCGGUACUUUUGUGGUUCAUUUGGUCGUCGUGCGCCUUUUGCUACUACGGCCUGGUACUGAUGACCACCGAACUAUUCGAAACGUCAUCAAAUUGCGGCACGACUCCCUUGCAAAGUACCACCACUUGCAAUGCCGAUUGUAAACAACUCCAAACAUCCGACUACGUUGAUUUGUUGUGGACGACAUUAGCCGAAUUCCCUGGAAUUUUCAUAACGAUCACAAUCAUUGAAAGAUUCGGCCGCAAAAAAACAAUGGCGGUCCAAUUUGUCGCUUACGCAGUGUGCUGCGGCCUGUUGGCCGUCUGCACCGGACGACGCGGCGUUUUGACGUUGACGCUGUUUUUGGCUCGAGGCGUUGUUGCCGGCGUGUUCCAGGCCGCCUACGUUUACACCCCGGAAGUGUACCCGACCACUUUACGUUCGAUUGGCGUGGGAGCGUGCAGCGCUAUGGCGAGGUUGGGUGCGAUGGCAACACCGUACGUCGCUCAGGUGCUUCUGAGAAAUUCUGCAACGUUGGCAACGUCGAUUUACGCUGUUGCCGCUCUUUUGGCGGCCGCGGCUUGUCUCGCUUUGCCCUUGGAGACUUCUGGGAAAGAAUUACCGGAAAAUACCGAGGAACAUAGACAAGCUGUCAAAUAAUCUCUCUAAGUUACUAAUACUAAUACCAAAGUUUUAUAUUUAUUUAUUUAUUUAUUUAUUAAAAUUUCUACUACUAAAGUCUU